GUGACCCAGUCCCAUCGUCUCUUCCCAUAUCUCCUGCCCCCUGCCUUCCAAGGGGAAGGGAAAUGACAGGAGGCUAGAAGGUCUCCCCUAACCCUUCACAAUUCCCAACAAAGAGCUCUGGGUUCUUAGGAGAAACUCCACAGCCAGCGUCUUCCAAAAUGCCUCUUCACCAAGGCCAGUUUUGGAAGGGAUACGCCAAAGUCCAUCCGGUUGUCUUGGUGUUAAAAAGAGCGUGACUUUCGUGAAUGGACAGCCAGUGAAGGAAAGAAAACAAAGCACCAGGAGGAGAGGACAGAUCUGGAUGAGCAACUUUCAUAAAACUCUGAAUGGAUUGGAAUGGGGAGAGCUGUCUGCUCCACGAGGCUGUCCCACUCGACAAAUGCUGGGUUCAUCAUUAAAGCGCUCUUCCUUCUCCUGUUUUGUAGACAUGCUUAUUCCCACUGCAAGAUCUUGCACUGCAACUCCGAGUAUGUGGCCUCCACACUCAACUUGCGUGGCCCCAACAAGCAUGUGGCCUACUGCAACGCCUUGCGCUCCUAUUCCCACUGCACCCGCAGGACGGCCCGCACAUGCCGUGGAGACCUCACAUAUCACUCCGCCGUCCACGGCAUCGAGGAUCUCAUGAUACAGAACAACUGCUCCAAGGAGGGGCCGACCUCACCGACACGGUCCCCUGUGCCCUCCCCCGGCCACCAGGGCAUGGAAUCCCCAGAGAUCUGUGACUAUGAGAAGAGUUUUGCCCGUCAGCACGGCAGGCCCCCAACCUACCAGCACUGUGCCACAUUUGGGGACCCGCAUGUACGGACCUUCGGUGACGAGUUCCACACAUGCCGAGUGGAAGGCUCCUGGCCGCUCCUUGACAAUAACUAUUUGUUUGCUCAAGCCACAAGUUACCCCGUAGCAAAAGGAUCGAAUGCUACUGCUACUAGCAAGCUCACCAUCAUAUUUAAGAACAUGAAGGAGUGCAUCGAUCAGAAAGUCUACCAGGCGGAGAUUGGCAAUCUGCCGGCAGCUUUCGAGGACGGAUCCAUGAACGGGGGCGAGAGGCCUGGAGGGAACAGCUUGACCAUCCACGAACAUACACCUGGGCGGCACGUGGAGAUCCGAGCAGCAUACAUUGGUACUACCAUUGCUGUGCGUCAGGUAGGGAAGCAGUUGUCUUUCUCCAUCCGGGCGGCCGAGGAGGUGGUCCGCUCUUUCACGGACGAGCAGGACCUUCAGCUGUGUGUGGGAGGCUGCCCGCCCAGCCAGCGCAUCUCUCGAAACGAGUGCUGCUGCAACGACGGCGUCAUCACCGCAGAGAAGGCCCAUGUGUUGUGCAAGGAGAAACUGCUGAUAGAGGAUGUGUACUUCCAGUCAUGUGUCUUUGAUGUGGUGACAUCGGGCGACAUCAACUUUACGUUGGCUGCCCAUGCUGCGUUGGAGGACGCCCAAGCCUUCCAUCCGGAUGCCAAGAAACUCCACAUUUUCCAAGCUGAUGCAGCUGGUUGGCCAAGGGGCUCAACCUUCCUCCUCCUCACCAUCGCAGUGGUCCUUUCAGGAUUUCAGAGGCACUUUUAAAAGUUUUUUGGGGGUUGCUGGGGAGUUAUAUGGUGCCAGAUCUAAAAGGAUGGUAAAAGUGGUUGAUUUCCCCACAACAGUGGCAGUCAGCAAAGCCAGGAGUGUUCAAAGGUUCUUGGUCUAAAGACAAGAAGCUGUCGGAGAGUUGGGAGCCAUUGAGAAUCAGGGAUGGAUGGAGAUUAAAUUUAUAAGCAGGCACCCAGUUCUCUGAGAGGGCAAUCUGAGAGUGGGAAAGGACGAAUCCCUCAAUUUUGAUCUCUCUUUCUCAUUUUUCCAAUCUUGUGUUUCCUUUGCAUUGGCAUGAAUGGGUGGCUUAACGUAAAGACAAUGUAACUUCACCUAAUUAAUUACGUCUGCAAUUUCGCGCAGCGGACAGUGAUAUGACUGACAUUGUUUUUGGUAGAAGACGAACUGCAACGGAACAGAAACAGUGUUGCAUGCGACAAAUAUAGGGUGGAAUAGAAAACGAUGCCUUUGGACAUCCCUAGCGUAGAGCAAACACACUUUGAGUGAUCCACCCCCUCACCUGUGCCUCCAGUUCUCUGAAAAGAGCAUCGUCUGUCUUCAGAAUCCUGCUCUUAAGGAGGACUAUACUAGGAGUUUUUUCCAGAAAGAGUCUUGAGGGUAAUUACUUGAGGAACCACUCACGGCUGGUCCUACCAUUAGGCAGAGUGAAAUGGCCACCUCAGAUGGAAGAUGCUGAAGGAUGGCAGUGAGGUGUUUGGCAGACAGAGCUGCGCAUGCCACAUGUUUUGCCUGGCAGUUUCUUAAACUAGCCCGCUCCCCUCAGGUGUGGUGAAGGACACUGCUCAGUCACUAGUGCUCAGGUAAGAGAACGGCUAGCCUAUUCAGCUUCUUUGUGAGGAAUGGAGCGGGUGCCAUUUUGUCCUUCACCUCAGGCAGCCUUGGAUCCACACAUCUCCAUCUGGCUUGCACAGGAGAACCACCUUCCGGGAUGCACCCUGACUUUGUGACCUUGUUUACUCCCUACUGAAGUGAGGGAGAUCUCUCUAAUAUUGGUAGGCCACACCUUCGGGCCCAUAUAACCUGUGCUACCUGAAACCAAACAGGCUCUAAGCAGGAAUUUGGGAGGGAAACUAUUUAGGAAUGUAAAUAAACAGGGGGAAUGUUUAAUAUAUUAAUGAUGGAGACUUUAAAGUGAAAGCAAGUUGUCGUAUUUAUCCGUAGAGACCAUGAACGAGAUCCACUAAAAGGGUCAUCGCUCUCCAUUGCUGUUGGUGUGCAGAAAUCAAAGCUUCAAGGAGGGAGGAGGGAGGAUGUGGGUGGUAACAGGCGCACAUGAUGCGUUUCUAGAGUUUGAUUCAUCAUGCCAUGUACUUCACAGCUGGAAACUCUUUCAUCUGUCCUGGCUUCUCUCGCAGAGAGCAAGGGGUUUUCCAUCAGAGAACGCUGCUACACUGCAACUGUUCCCAACAAAUCUUUCGUUGGGGAAAUCUAUGGCAGCGAAGCUGAGCUUUGCAGGGUGGAUAUGGAAAGCUUGGCCCAAUGUUUCCAUGUGGAGACUUGAAGGCACAGAGCACGGGAUGAGGAACCUCAGGUGCAGGGCUGGAUGCGGCCCUUCAGCCCCUCUGCCUGGCCCCUGGGGCUCUCCCCAGACCCCAACUGUCAUGGCACUUGACCUGUGCACUCCCCAAAUGCUUUGCCUGGCUGACGUGUGUCCUUCAGUUGUGAUAAUGCCUCUGGGUUUUGGGGGGCUGGAAUGCUUCCUACAAGACUACAAGUCCAUGGCUUUGCCCCCUUUUACCUCUGGUCCUUCCCAUAAUGAGCCCCCGGAGAGAAUGUGGUCCCUGGAUGAAACCCCUGAUAUAGAGGGUUGAAAACUAGAUGGGAGUCCUCAGUAAUAAAUCAAAAGAUGGUAACAUCCCCGCCCCCAUCUCUCAAACGCUACCAAGAGCCGCAGCCCAGUGGCCGAACAUCUGCUUUGCAUGCAGAAGGUCCCAGGUUCAAUUCCUGAUGGCAUCUCCAGGGAGGGCUGCUGCCAGUCAGUGUAGACAAUACUGAGCUAGAUGGACCAAGGAUCUGAGUUGGUAGAAAGGCUCCGUACGUUCCUCUCUCUCCGACCCUGCCUCCGUUGCUAACUGUGUUAAUCCCUAAAUGUUUGGCAUUAAAAAUACUUCCAUUUUCGAA